GAGCCUGCAGCGCUGCUCCAGACCACACGAUUGCGCUGUUGUAUCACAGACGGCCGCUGUAGGUGAAAGACGCAGUUAGCUUUAGCUCUGCAGGCUAACUGCAACUUGAACUGCACUGAGUUUGUGCACUGCUCACUGUGGACCUGCCUGGUAAACCUCAUGCACGCACACACUCUGUGCAAAAGGCUGUUUUAAAGAAGUUUGAGUGCAUGACAGACGCGGACCAGGCGCGGAACAGCGGUGCAAAAGAAGCAGCGCGGCUGCGAACCCUCACCCAGUGCCCUCUGCCUCAGCCCCGUGCGUCCCGCCUCACACAGCGCUCAUGUGGCCCCUGGUAACACGGUCUGCGGUCAACACAGUCAGGUGCUGUGCGCUCAGAGCCAUGUCCUCCUACAGCUCCCUGCUCCUCAGCCGCCCCUCUCCUACUGUCACCCAUGUGGAGCUCAACCGGCCCGACAAACGUAACGCCAUGAAUCGCGCUUUCUGGAGUGAGAUGGUGAGCUGCUUCACUGAGAUCUCUGAUGACCCUGAGUGCAGAGUGGUUCUGGUGUCUGGAGCAGGCAAAAUCUUCACAGCCGGCAUAGACUUGAUGGAUAUGGCCAGUGAUGUGCUUCAGCCAGAAGGUGAUGACACUGCCCGAAUCUCCUGGAACAUUCGCAAAAUCAUCUCCAAAUACCAGGAGACCUUCUCAGUCAUAGAGAAGUGUCCUAAACCAGUGAUUGUAGCUGUGCAUGGAGCCUGUGUGGGAGGAGGUGUGGACCUGAUCACAGCCUGUGACAUCCGUCUGUGCACUCAGGAUGCAUGGUUCCAGGUGAAGGAGGUGGACAUUGGACUGGCAGCAGACGUGGGCACUCUCCAGCGACUCCCUAAAGUCAUCGGCAGCCGUAGUUUGGUGAAUGAGCUGGCUCUCACUGCCCGGAAGAUGUACGCAGACGAGGCCCGUGACUGUGGACUGGUUAGCCGCUUGUUUGUGAACAAAGAGGCCAUGAUGGCAGCUGCUCUGGAGAUGGCGGGGCAGAUCGCAGCGCGUAGUCCUGUGGCCGUUCAGGGCACCAAAGUCAACCUGGUGUACUCCCGAGACCACAGUGUCCAGGAAGGUCUCAACUAUAUGACUGCAUGGAACAUGAGCAUGCUGCAGACUCAGGAUGUGAUGAAGUCUGCCCAGGCCUCCAUGGAGAAGAAGGGCCCUGAGAGCAUCACCUUCUCCAAGCUUUGACCUGACCUCAGAUCUCACCACACUCACUGUGCCUUCACUCAUCUGUGCUUAUUUAAUGAUUCAUCCCAUCAUUUUUGUAUUAACGUCAUCAAUAAAAUGUCACAUUAAAUUGUCA